CAUAUUUGUAAAUAGGUUAUUCUAAAUAUACAUUUUGUGCGUGUUCCUUAAUUUAAACAAUUAUUCCGGAUUAAUAGAAAAAUGAAUAAGAUACCAGCUUCAGACGAAGACGACGAUAUAGAAAGCUUGAGACUGGCAGCAUUACAGUCGCUGAAAAAGAAAAACUCCUUUCCCGAAUUCCCCGACAGUUCCUCCAGGAAUCCGGACGUUACCCCGCAUUUCCGCGGAAAACCCGGCCGAAACAAAUGGGGCCGUUUCGGGGCCCAUCAAAGACCCAAAACUGGUCACUUUAAUCGACAACGAAACACCAAUUUGAUUCCCAUCACUCCGAUAGCCUCGGACGCCUCGGAGGAUUCUCGGAAAGCGACCGAUAACGAGCCGCAGAAAGAGGAGGAAUGCAGCAAAUUUAACCGGUACGAUAAAUCGGACAAAUCGGACAGCGAGUCCGAGACGGAGGAGGAGAAGAAAUCUCGACCGGGCGCUCUGAAGAAAUCGGACAGUCUCGAAGCUCUCAUGCAGGAAUUGGACGAGGUGAUAAUCGGGAAAACCGGCGAAGAAGAUACCAAAGGCGAAACCGACGAAGUUAAACCGACCGAACAAAGUCCCGAAGACAACGAUAGCGUUAACGCGAACAAGAACAAAGAAGAGAGCAGCAAACCGAUCGAUGCGAAUGCCGGUAAACCCAACGAAACCGAACAACAACCGGUCAAAACGUACCCUCGAAGGCCGUUCCGGGGCCGGUCGCCCAACAACCGGUUCUACCCGAAACCUCGUCGGACGUUCCCGCCUCCGAAUAACUUCGUACCGAUGGUACCGCCGUACUUCCGCGACGACUUCAGGCCGCUACCGAUGCCCUACAAUCGCCCUCUGUCGCCUCUCGCCAUCAACGUGGAGUCCCUUGCAACCGUCACGAUGGCCCCCUUAUCGCCGAGAAGCGCCCGCUUCGUGCUCGAGAAUCGCGCCAUUAUAGAGCGCAGGAAGCGCCGAUCGUACUCGCGGAGCCCCUCGUACUCGCCCAGCCCGCCCCCGAGGCGGUUCCGACGGUCCGUUUCGCCCCGGAGGCUGUCGAGAUCGCCGCGAAGGAAACGAUCGUUGUCUCCCAGACGCCGGUCGCCCUCCCCUAAGAAACCUAUCCCCGCCUCCAAACCCAAAAUCGAAGAACCUAAAGAACCUAAGGAAGCUAAAGUGCAAGAAGAAGAGGAAACGAAAGUAUUGGAUCCCGUGCUGUUGGCACGCAAACGAAAGUUCGAAAGUAACGAAAUCAAAAAGAAGGAAGGCAUCAUUCGAUUGAAACCGAAAGAAUGCAACGAAACGAAAGACGUCAAAGAAGAGCAAAUCGACGACGAUUUGGAGUUCCAGGAGCUCGAGAAGCUGCUCAACGACGACCAUCGAUCCGAAGAGACGAAAGUGGUGGAUAUCUUCUCGGACGAGGAGUCCGAUUCGGACAACGAGGGUCGCUUCAAGACGAAGCGCCAUCGAGAGAAGGGGCCCGCGCCCGUCGUGUCUUUCGCCAAAUUGCUCGACGGGCCCAAGUUGGACGUGGAUCCGGAACCGUUGCCGGACUCGUCGACGGCGAGGAAAUCGGCGAAAAGGAGCGGCGAGAGGGCGCGUACGAGGGACGCGGGCCGCACCAAACGGCAGAAGAUCACGUUCGAGGAGAAGCCGGAGAGGAAACGGGAGAAGGUUAAAAUGGCGGAGGAGCCGAAGAAAGCGGAGGAAAUCGAACCGAUCGAAUCGACAACGAUCGAAGAGGUCGAAAUCGACGAAAGCGGAGACGAGGAGAACGCCGUCGUCAAAGAAGGCGAUCUCCGAGCUCAGCUCAGCAGGAAGAGGGCGGAGAAAUUAUGCAAAAUUCCUGCCGAAGAAGUGUCGACGAGAAUACUGAAAUUCGCUUUGGAGGGUGCCGGGUUCAAAAAGACGAAGAAAAAGUCCAAAAAGAAAAGUGUUAUAGAAGGAAAACUGCCGAUUCAUCUGCGCUUGGGCGUCAACAAUGGUUCGAAGAAGGAGCAGGAGGUGCCGGAAGGUGGAACGAAAGCGAAAAAGAAAAGCAAAAAAAAAGGGAAAUCACGCGACGUAUCCGAGCAGGUAUAAAUCGACUAUCAAUAUCCGCCGCUCUCGACCCGUCCCGGGUAAACACGAAGGAACCUUCAACUCGAGUGAAUUAACUAAAAAAAAUUAGAGACUGUUUCCUUAACUCUUAGAUAAAUAAUUAAUUGAUUAGUAAGAAGAAACAAAAAAAAAUUCAACCAGAAAUAUUCGAAUUAGGUACUGUAAAAGUGUAAAAUGUACUGUAAAUUUUUACUUUAAACUUAAACGAUCGAUUGCAAUUUGAUUUUAUUCGUAUUGUUUAUUUUUCUUUUUGUUUACAAUAUUAGUUUAUAUCCGAUUAUGUAUUAUGGAAUUAAUAAUUGCUUGUAGGUUUGAAAUUCUUUCACUUCGAAAUAUCCUCAUUAUAUGAAUUUUUUCUGCCUUAAAAAUAUAUAGGUGUCUACGAUAAGAAUUAAAUUUUUUUACCCUAUUAUAAUUUUACCCUUUGUACAUAUUAUAUACAUACAAAUUUUAUAACUGUUGAUGUAUUUUAUUUAUUAAAAAAACACUAUUUCU